CUGCCCUCCGCGGGCUCCCCCGUUGGGACGCGCUAUGAGCAGCAGGGUCGCGAGUCAUGUGACCGGCUAGUCGCAGCAGCACUAGCCACAGACGAAGACGGCUGGACGCCCAUCGGAACAAACAAAGACGUGUUCAUCAUGAAAAAAUCGCCACAGAAGGGCGAGGCGUCGUCUGUCAAUUGCGUGAAAGGAACGGCAAUCGUGAGAGCUCCGCCGGAUUUCGUCUACCGAGUCCUCAAAACGCGGGGAAACGUCGGGAAAUUCGACGACAUGUUGAAAGAAGCGAGAGUCAUUGACGAGAUUUCGGACACGACUCGACUAGUUCAUCUCCUGUACAAGGCAAUGUGGCCCACAAGUGCCCGGGACUUUACCGUGAUCACAACUGCAGGUCGCUACGACGUGUCAACGCUCGUAGAGGCUGCAAUGUCGGUUGUUGACGAGAGGAUUCCCGAGGAGAGAGGCUACGUUCGGGGGAACGUGGUGUGCGGGGGUUACGUCAUACGAGCACUGUCCGAUCAGCCGGAAAUGUCCGAAGUCACGUACGUAUCGCAGGCCGAAUUUAAGGGGAAUAUCCCCACGUUUGCCGUUAAUAAAGUGACGGAAUCCCAGCCGAUGUGUGUGGCGGCACUGCGUGCUGUGGCGGAAGAGACGUACGCAGCUUCGAGAAACGAACCACAUCAAACGAGAGAACUUGAGGAUCAGCGUCUUGCUCGCUUCGAUCAGACCUUCGCCGACUCCGCCUACCUCACAGCGACCUCUGACCUCAGUGGCAAACGGAGGAGGAAGGAGGGAAAGUGGGGGGGAGUCAGGAAUUGUCCAGAACCAUUCUCCGGUGUCGAAUAA